AUGUCAUCAUUUUUAACCAAUAAUGAUUAUUUAAUAAUUUCUCGUCUCCUAAAAUUUUUCUCGACAUCGUAUGGUGCAAAUGCUCGUUUGAAAUUAAUUCAAACACUUGACAAUUCCAUGAGUAUUUGCACAUCUAUAAGUAGUCGCAUUCAACAUCAAUUAAAGUGUCGACAUCUUAUAUCGCGUCUUCUAUCAGCUGCUAUACAAAAACAAACGUCGAUUUAUCACGAUGGUGGCCUUUACUUUAGUAUUAUAUUCUGCAGUUUUUUAAUCCAAUGUCGUGAGUUAUCAAUGAAUGCAGCUAAACAAAAUUUAUUCUUUCAAUGUUGCUUGAAUUUCAUCGAUGAAAUGAAUAUACCAAAAGAAACAAUAACAUUUAAUUCAAUUCAUCAAUUAGUAGCUAUUGUACGUGCUGUUAUAUGUAAAUCAUUGGCAUAUAAUAAUUCAGAUUUAUUACGUGAAAAAUUAUGUCUUCUAUCAGUAAAAUCAUUUCUUGAAAAUAUCACAAUGAUAAAUUCAUCGACACAACAACUUAUUUUAACCAUUCAAGGCUUAUCGAUUCAUGAAUCAACUUUAUUCAAUGGUUUACUAUAUCAAAUAUCGACAUCAAAAUCUUAUUUAUGUUCGAAAAAAAUUCGUUCUUGCCUUUAUUUUACUAUAUCUCUUGCUGGUGAUUAUAUCAUUGAAGAUUUAGAUCAUAUUGAAACCGAAACCCAAAUGUUUAAAUGGAUCCAAAAUACAGCUGAACGUAUAACAAAACAAAUUCUCGAAUAUACUUGUUUACAUAACGGUGGAUUAAUUCUUUGCCAAAAAGUUAUUCAUCCAUCUGUAAAAACGAACUUAAGGAAAUAUGGCAUUGAUACAAUUGAUCGACUCGGUCGACAAUAUACACCUUAUCUUUGUUAUUUAACUGAUUGCCAACCAAUUGAAACAUUAACAUUCAAUACAAUCGACAAACGAUAUUUUGGAACCGUAACUGAAAUAAAAGAAAUAAAAAUUGAGAAAAAAACUUUUCUUCAAUUUUUUAAUGAAAAUCGACCAUUUCAUACACUUUUACUUUGUGCAAAUACAGAACAAGCACUUUUAGAACUCAAAGAAUCGAUUACAGCAAGUCAUCAUACUCUUACAAAUAUUCUUCUCACUAAGCAGGGCUUGUACGGCGGUGGUUGUUCUGAAAGUAUACAAAUUCAUCUUCUCAAAAAUCAAAUGAAUCAGUUAUCGGCUCGUUAUUUAUCGAAAAUAUUUCAAAAUAUUAUUCGUGCUCAAUAUGAUCAUGAUUAUCUUGCUGAUCGAGUUCACGGUCAUCUUUGGUACCUAUUAGAAAAUGACCAAAUCAGUAAAACAUGUGCCUGUGAAUUAUAUUCAAUAUCAGAUCAAUGCGGGAUAGAAUGGAGAAAAUUAUUUUUUUAUCUCGAUGACGAACAACAAGAAGAUAAAAUGUCAGAUAAUGAUCAAAUUUUCAUUAGAAAUCUUUGCCCAAAAUAUUUAGAUAAUUUUCACAUGAGGACAAGUGCUUUGAGAACAGCUAUUGAAACAGCGAUUAAUUUACAUUUAACUAGUAUUUGUUUAUAA